GCCACUGUCUCUUCUCCCCUUUCUUUUUCUCUCACGCACAACCUUCUUCCUUCUUUGUUCCUGGCGCGGCAGCAGGGAGCCGUGCUCCCCUCCAUGGCGAGCAGCAAGCUGGCGCCCCUGCUCCUUCUUCCUCGGCGCUGAAGCUCGUCCCUGGCGUCCAUGGCGCCGGCGUAUCUCCAGCCGCCCCCUGCUCUUCCCUGCCCAUGGCCAAGGGACGCUCAGGACCCGACGCCCCUGCGUACGCUCCCUCCAUGGCUCCCUGUUCCUCAGCUCCAUGGGCGCGAGCCCCUUCUUCUACCUCUAGCUGGCGGCGAGCAGCAGCCCCACCUCCCUGCGCCCUUCUCCCCCAUGGGCUGCUUAUCCAGCUCGUCCCUCUCCUCCCCUCUGUUUUCCUGUGCGUGCGCAGAGGCUCCUCCAUGGCCGGCGCCCAGCAACAGUAGCAGCCGGGUCUUCGUCCUCCCUCUGCUGUCCGCGGCAUGCAGCAAACAGGGAGCUAAAGUUUCUUCCAUGGCUGCCGACCUCCUCUGCCCCCUUGCUGUCCCACCCCUUCUCCCUCAAGCCAGUGCCUUCCCCGACCACAUCUCCAUGACCGAGCAGCAGCUCUGCUCGCCCCCCUCCUUCUUUUUCCCUUGCACAGCAGCAAGAAGCCCCUGCUCGCAGCCUUGGCGUCCAACUUCGCUGCGCAGCGGUGCCGAUCCAAAACAGUGGCCCCGGAUCCCCUCCGCACUGCGUGCUUCACCGGAUCUGCGCAGCCCCAACAUCGACGUCGUUCACCUCGGUGAGACGACGACGAUCUUUGUUUGAUUCCGUAUUGGCAAUGUUCUUCGGUGAUUAAUUAUGUAUGUGUGCUGCUUUGUUUUAUUUUUGUGGAGGAGAGAACCCCAUGUUUUGCGUGGAGAAGGCAAGCCGCUCGACGCUCGUCGAUGUUCGUAGCGAUGCACAAAUCGGAAUCUCCAUCGUCCUCACAAACAUCGAUUGGGUUUGUUUAUGGACCGAGAGAUGACGAUCGUGCAAGUGAUGUGGUGUCA